UUACAGAAACAUCUUUUCCAGGUAAUCCUUAAAAAGUUUUUAUACCAAACAUAUUCUCGGAAUUCCUGGAGACCAUUUAAAAUUGAAAGUAAACAAAAAUGAAAAAGUCAAUAACGCUCGAUAUCGACCCAACAAUAAUGGAGAAAAACAUGAGAAUUGUUAAGGAAAAUUCUGUAGAAGAGGAAUUUAAUAAAAUGUUGGCAGAUACUGUACCGACACAAAUUGUUAAACCAAAACCAGGGUUUUGUGUGAAAACAUUUACUAAACCAGAUAGUAAAAAAGUAUUUGUAAAUGUUUGCCUAACAGAAGCUAUUCCAUGCCCAAGGGAUAUAACUAAUGAAGAAUUGAUGCAAAUUUUAAAUUCGGAAGAUCCUUCGAGCUACAGAGUACCUAUGAGCAUCGGAGAAGGAAGGAUUGAACAAGACAAAUCUGGUGCACCAGUUACAGUAUAUGAUGUUGCUGUUAACCCAGAUUUCUUUUCGAAAAUUGAAAAAGAUGAUCUCUUUCAAACAUUUUUUCUCACAGUAGUGUUUGAAGGCUUGCAAGAUAAAUAUCAAUUUGAAUUAGAUAUGCAAAGGUUUACAAUACUUAAAAAUAGAAAAUCCAUUGGGACAUUACAAUCGCACAGAAUACAAAUUAGAGAUGUUAAAAAUUGUGAACAGAAAACUAAACCCUUAAUUGAGGAGAUAAAGAAGCCAGUAUUGAAAAAAACAGAAGUACCUGCACCAAAGAAGAAGCAGUUUAUUUAUAGACUAAGAAGAGAGCCUCCUACAGGAGAGAUAAAAUAUUUGUUAGCGGAGUUUAUGAUCCCUGCAUCAGUUGAAUUGAAAGAUUUAAAUUUAGAAAUUGGUGAAGAUAGAUUAGUACUGGCUGCAAAAGAAAAUUAUGAGUCCGUGGAUUUCUUUUUACCAUGCAGCGUUGACCAGGAUAUUGUUGAUGCUGAACUGAAUAGAAAUAAGGACAUGCUGUGUGUGAAAAUGCCUAUUAUAAAUUAAUGUUAAUUUUUUUUAUUUGAUAAAAUGUGUAAGUGCUCAAGUUAUUAAAGGCAGAAAAAUA